AUGGCGCAACUCGUGCGAUCAACCACGAAUGUCAAUGAGACAAAGAUAAACCUGAAGGGAAUUGGACUGGGCAACGCGCAGCUCUCACAGAAGCUGCAAUGGCCUGGGUUCUACCCGACGGGAUGUCUAGGGCCCAGUCCCGUCUACAACGACAGUGUUUGCUCCAUCAUCGAGGCGCAUAUGCCGCAAUGCGAGAGCAUGCUGCAGGUUUGCACUGACAUGGAUAACGAUGCCGACGUCUGUAAUAAUGUGCUAGACUAUUGCAGGAAGCGAAGCGUCUACUUCAUCCUCGACGAGCACCUGAACCCUUACGAUUUCCGCAAGCCUUGCCCUGACGGGGGGCUAUGCUACGAAGAGGCCGACUGGAUCGCGGAAUAUCUCAACUCUUCCUCGGUAAAACAGGAGCUUGGUGUAUCCGAAGAUACCAUAUUUAACAUCAUUGACUAUGAGCUGGGACAACAUUUUGAUAAGUCAGGAGAUGUUUCUUUCGACACCGUCGCCUGGGCCGGAGAGCUGCUAGACCAGGAAUACAAGGUGCUUGUCUACGCUGGCAACAAAGAUUGGUUCUGCAACUCAGCGGGAGAAAAGAAUCUGGUUCACAACAUUCUAUAG